UGAGAGGGAGAAAAGGAGGGAAAUAAGAGAAAGUUUUCAGUGCUCAAUCUUUUUCUCUCCCAGAGCACACAUCUGUUCUCUGCGACCUGUUUCGCGACACGUUGUCAUGACUACGAGUCACCAUGGCAACGUGGAAAACUUUUCCUUCACUUUUGCAAGGGCGGAAGGGGAGCAAAAAAAAAAAAAAAAAAAAAGUCCAAUUCUAGGGGAAUUGAGUAGCUUAUUUUUAGAAUUUUCCAACAACAAAGAAGCAGAAGACGGAAUUGAAGAAAAGAUCGCAUUCGCUCGAGAGAGUACAAACAAAACGGAUGGAGAAAAUGCUUUUUCACUCUUCUGAUGCAAUAUUCGGAAGAUGAUUACAAAAAUCUCGGAGAUCUUUUUGAAGGGUGCAAACUUUCGCCCCUUCCAGUGUUGUGUACAUGUAGAGGAGAAGAUAUUUCGGAAAGUAGUGCACCGGAAACGAACGAUGUAAAGAGUUUAGGAUUGGAAUUCACACGGAUGGGAAAUUCACUAUGUAGCAAAGUCUGCUGCUGUGCUAGACUAAGCCACAAAAGUGCAAGAGGCAAGGCCAGCUGUCCUGCUGCCUUCUGGGCAAGUGCAGGACCGGCGGACCGGGCUCUCCCCACCCCCCCCACCACUCGAGCGCACCAUGGUGUACACCGCCGCCCAGUCUGCGCCGCCCAGUGACCUGGAGGCGCCGCUGGCAGCACCACCGCUGGAAAAGGCGAAGACGACCACCGUGCUGCACCCCUUCGCCCACCAGGUGGGGGGCCACACGCAGCUCAUGGUGCUGGACCGGAGCACCCUCUGCAAGCCCCUCAUCCAGAGGGAACUCCACUUCUACCUGAACGUGCCCAGGGACAUGAGGAGCUUCGUGCCCAAGUACAAAGGAGCUGUUCAAGUACAGCAGAUGGACAAUAGCCCUACCAUUUUUCAUCCUGUGAGGGGGCACAAGAAGCACUAUGAAAAUUGUGAUGAGAAAAACAACCAUGUUCAAAAACAUAAAACAUCACCUGAAUUGAGAGUUCAAAUUCAUUCCUGCAGUGACAAAAAACUUAUAAAAGAUGAGCAUUUGCGGCAAAUCUACAGUAGACCAAGCCCUAGAUAUUUUUUGUUGCUAGAAAAUGUUACGUCUAACUUUCACCAGCCAUGCAUCUUAGAUCUGAAAAUGGGCACCCGCAUGCAUGGGGAUGAUGCUUCACCAGAUAAGCGUACUCGCCAGAUGGCAAAAUGUGCAGCCAGCACCUCUGCUCGACUGGGAGUGAGACUGUGUGGCAUGCAGGUAUAUCAAGCCAGCUUCGACGGCUACAUCUGCAAAGACAAAUACUACGGCCGCGGGCUGGACGAGAGCGGCGUCCGGAGCGCCCUCUUCCAGUUCUUCCACAACGGCCUGCACCUGAGGGUGACGAUCAUCCGCAAGAUCAUCGGCUGCCUGAUCGAGCUACGGAAGGCCAUCGAGAAGCAGACCACCUUCCGCUUCUACUCCAGCUCCCUGCUGCUCCUCUACGAGGGCUGCGACAGGAAGGACGAGGAAGACGACGACGAGGAGGAGGAGAGCUUCUUCGGCGACGCGGAAGAGUUCGGCGGGAUGCUGGUGGACGACGAGUCUUCCCUGGAGAGCAGCAACGACUCCUGCUCGGCAUCGGCAUCCCUCUCGUGGCUCUCGUCGCACAAGAGGUCCAUCGAGAGCAGGCGCUGCAAGCAUCCGCACGGGCCUGAAGUGGACGUGCGGAUGAUAGACUUUGCCCACACCACCUACGAGGGCUACGACGGGGACACCACCGUGCACAGCGGCCCUGACACGGGCUACCUGCUGGGGCUGGACAGCCUCAUACGGCUGCUCAGAGAAGUGGAGGACCUGAGCAGCACGGUGGAGAAGAAGUGAGGGAUUUCGACCGCAGAGGC